AUGAAAAAUUUCAUUGCUGUCGUUCUUGUUGCUCUAGCGCUCUGCUCUGCUUUGGUCCAUGCCGCCAUCAUCACUGAGGAGGACCAUCAUACAUUGGCCAUUGAUUUUGAUAUCAUCCAACAAGUAAAUUCCAAUCCUGAAUCAACAUGGAAGGCUGGUGUUAAUAGAAACUUUGCUGGAAAGAGCCUCGCUGAAGUCAAGCGCUUGUUGGGCUUCCCAAAGAAGGAAGGAAAAAUCAGACACACCGAAGAAGAGAUGAUCACUAUUAAACACUAUCAUCAAGCAAAGAUGGACGCUGUUGCUAAAGUUGGUAUCAAGGAAGCUGCCAAGGAAUUCAAGAGCUUGGCUUUGCCAGAUAAUUUUGAUGCUAGACAACAAUGGGGCAAGUGUAUUCAUCCAAUCAGAAAUCAAGAACAAUGUGGUUCUUGUUGGGCUUUCUCUGCCUCUGAAGUCUUGUCGGAUCGUUUCUGUAUUGCUUCCAAGGGAGCCGUUGAUGUUGUCUUGUCUCCACAAGACAUGGUUAGCUGCGACUACAACGACAUGGGUUGUGAUGGCGGUAACCUUGAUAAUGCUUGGUGGUGGUUGAAGAAUAAGGGUAUCGUUCCUGAUAGCUGCAUGCCAUAUGUUUCAGGAAAUGGUGUCACUACUCCUUGCCCAACUACUUGCAAUGGUACAAAUGUUCCUAUUUCAUCAAAGCUCUACUAUGCGAAGUCUUAUCAACACAUUUCUCCUUGGAUGUGGUGGAAGAAAGUUGAAGAAAUCCAACAAGACAUCUAUGACAAUGGUCCUGUUCAAACAGGUUUUUCUGUAUACCAAGACUUUAUUAACUACAAGUCUGGAGUUUAUACUCAUCAAACUGGAAGCUUUUUGGGUGGACAUGCUGUCAAAAUUGUCGGUUGGGGAGUCACCAAUGACGGUACGAACACUCCAUACUGGAUUGUUGCCAAUUCAUGGAGUGCUGAUUGGGGCAUGAAUGGAUUCUUCUGGAUUAAGAGAGGAAAUGACGAAUGUGGCUUUGAAGACGAUGUUUAUAGCGGACCUGCUGACCUUUCCAGAUUGCCAAAGCAAUAA